GACGUUCUAAAUGUGGGCGGUCACUGUUCAGCUCAACAUCGGCGGCGCUUUAUUAUUUGAUAGGUUACGUCUAAACUCUUUUAAGUCGGAAUCCUGUAGGAUGAUGACUUUGGUUUUCCAGUGAUCUGAUUGGUCAGUAAGUUGGACUGGUGACUGGCUUUGAUAUCGUAUCAAGUCAACCCGCUCCGGAGCCGGUUAGCUGUUCAGCACACGUUACCAUGGCGACUCACACCGCUAACAAGGGAGCCAGCUUCGUGGGACAGAGAACCCAGAGUUAAACCCGAAGUUGCCUCGAUAACCGCACACCCUGCUUCCUUGUACAGAGAGUCCGCCCGUGUGUCGCGUCGUGGCUUGUCAGGGAAGCAGAGAUGAUUGAAAAGCUCAGUUUGACUUGUGACAGAGUCCGCUCACACUGGCAGCUCCCAUGUUGUCACUCUUACUGUGGUGUACCAGUGCGUGGCAAGGACAUGUUGAUUUACAGCCAUGUAGACACCGAGCAGAAGCCGCUGCUGCUAACGGGGCACCAUGGUGAGAUAGGCGCCAUGACUUUUGGAAAAGGAAGCAGCCCUGUUUUCCUCUGCUCCGCCUCUGCUGAUUAUAUCAUUGUUUGGGAGAUUGAACUCUGCCAGAUGAGAGUGAAGGAGGGUCACGUUGCAGCUGGAAUCGUUAUCGGGACUUUACUGGAUGAAGUCGUUCAUCUUUCAUUCUGUUACUCUGACGAACGAGUGGCCGCUUGUUCUGGACGUAGUGUAUUUAUUCUCAGCUCAAAGAGACAGGAAGUCAUUUUUACCUUGGAGGGCCACCUGGGACCUUCAACAUCAGCAGAGUUUUGUCCCUGGAAUAAAGACGUUCUCAUCAGCACAUCAGAGGACCGCACUUUUAAGGUAUGGGAUUUAAAAACCGGAGCUGUUUCCUACCAGUCUUUUGUGCUCUCAGCCUUUCCUCUGAUCAGUGCAUGCUUCCUGGAGGAGACCAGGCAGCUUAUCACUGGUUCAACUGAUGGACAGGUGUGGUGCUUUUCCCUCCACGAUGACCACAAGUUUCACCUGGUCUCCAAAAUGGACCUUGAGAAGAUGGAAAAAAGGCAUCAACUGCACCAAGAGACCGUGAGCCAUCAAGCAGGAGGUGAGGAACCAUCUGAAGAUACAGUGGAGACCACAAAACCAGUCCUCAAAAUAGCUUCAUGUAGCUCAUUCACUGACACCAAUAACGAGCAGAAAAAGGACAGCAGCUGGUUAUGCAUUGGAAGCUUUGAUGGCCUUUAUGUGGUGGACCUGGCAACUUCAGAACUCCUAACAGCACUAUAUUUCAAAGAUUUCCCGCACUUGAGCAUCACAAUGGCAAACUCGUGGACAAUCUCUCCAGCACGGGAUAAUUCUAUGGCGUUUUUAGUGACGUCUCUGUUCACUCCAAGUGUGGUUCUGUUGGAGUUGGAUCCUUGUGACCUAGGGAAGAUCUGGGCUUGUUGUAAAGGCUUUUCAGUGUUCCCGAGUUCUCCGCCGCUGCCUGAAUCGCCUCUGAACGCUCGGUUAAAGGAGACGGAACCCAGCCAUCCCGAAAAGAAAGGAGGAACAAAGGAUCAGCCUCUGGUUUUUCACUCAAAAGUGAAGUCAUCCGGAUACACCAGUACCCCACGAAGGACUAUGUUCUCAUCUAAAACAAAUAUUCAGAAGAAUCGUUCCUCUAGCAAGCCCAACAAAAAUACAGGUUUACUUUUCAGAGAUUAUCCAGCAGACAGCGAGGCACCUACUACUCCACAUGCUCACCUGAGCGUUGCUAACAAACCAGUCUACUGCCUUCAGUAUUCAGGUGAUGGAAAACAAAUCCUGUGUGGUCUUGGCGACAGCUCAGUGUUAUUGUACAAGUCCUCACUUACUGGCAAUCCAGCAGUCUACACAGGCCAUGACAAGCCAGUGAGCAGUGUUAGCUGGAGCCUCAACAGACAGUGUUGGUUGAGUGCGUCAGAAGACCAGUCACUUCGAAUCUGGGCCCAUGGCAGCACCGACCCUGCCUUUAUCAUGGGCAACAGCUUGUUCUCCAAACCCAUAAGAGAUGCUCAGUUUUACUACCUCGACAAAUUUCUGCUUUUUGCAUCUGGACCCUCUCUAUACUUGUACCUGUAUGACGUGGACACCACACAUGACGACAUCAAGAGAUAUCAUCAACGAAGUGUUGUCAAAUUGGCAAAGCGCUUUACAACGCCGUCACCAACAUACAUCACAGCCUUGUCUGCAGUCAAUGAUUUCCUCUCUCACAUUGUCCUGCUGUGCGGUUCAGAUCGAUCCAUUCGAGUGUUUGAUAUGAACAAGAGCACAGUUGCCUCACAGCUGCUUGACGCCCACUGCAGAGCUGUCCACUGCAUUACACAGAACAAGGGCUCCAUGUUCAGCACACAGGCACCGGAUUCAUACAACCUCUUUCUAACCAGUGCAGUCAAAGAUGGUGUGAAGAUUUGGGACCUCCGUACACUUAGAUGUGUACGCCGUUAUGAGAACCAUCUAAAUCGCUGCCAUCCCUGCUCAGCAGCCAUCUCGCCGUGUGGCCGCUUCAUCGCGUCAGGCUCUGAGGAUAACGCCGCCUAUGUGUACGACAUCCGUAGCAGCAGCUACCUCCACAAACUUCAGAAACACUCGGACACAGUGCUCAGUGUGACGUUCAACCCUGCCACACCGGAGAGGGCCAAAUCACUGUCCUCUUACUGUAGUGGCCAGACAGCAAAUACAGAGGUGGACUCCGCUGUCUGCUCCAGAAUGUCACAUGAGAGUGAGACACAGACUGAGCUGAGACAGCAUCUCCCAAAUCAACUGGCCUGUGUUCAGCACAGCUGGAACUGCAAUGAAGACUGCUGACUGGGACCCUGGAUGGGAAGCUGAAACUGUUUGAGUCCAGUAGUGGGGCCCGUCUGUCUCAUGACACCAGUGCUGCUGUGCACAGUAUCCCCAACAUGACUGGGUAAUUGCAGCAGGCUGCUGCAAAGAUCAUGCAGGUUUCGUUAGAGUAGUUCCAACCCCCUGGCUAGGAUUUCAUCAAGAACGGAGAACACAAGACCUUUUGUUUUUUAUGCUGUUUAAUGAAGUUCAAAAAUAGGUACAAGUUCAAAAAGUUGUACUCUUGUAUGCCCUCCUACUUCAAAUUGUCAAACGGAGCCACCCGUUUGAACUCACUCAUCAUUGUCAAACUUCCAGCAUAUGCAUCAUUAGACCACUUUUCUUUUGACGCAGAUCCAAAGAGAUAUCAGUGGUUUGAUUGAGUAUUGUUCCCCGGGUUCGUUUAACCACAUUAUCAUGAUGCAAUAUUUACACAAUUGCAGAUAAUUACAGCAAAUUUUUUUUUUUAAAUUAUGCACAUUCCGUUAUGGUCAAGAAUCAGAUUUUGUUUGUGCAGUAUGCAGAACAUAUUGUACUUCUAUAUCAUUGCAUGUGAACACCACUUAACAGAAUGGUACACCAAGCGAUGACAUCAACUGGGUGCAACCUCUUUGGCUGCCAGACACACAGACGCUACUUCUGUUCAUACUGACACACCCAUCCUCAUUGUUUGAGCUCUACAUUCAUUCUCCUGUACCUUCUCUAUCAAACUUCACUUACACUCAACAGAAUGGAAUAUGAUAAAAUAUAGCACAUUGUUAUUGUGUUUGAACUAUAAAUAAAUUGUUACAUCCUGCAUA